UCUUUGAAUGCGUCGUCGUUUGCUUAAAUAGUCGCUCCGGUAGGUGUGCCUGUAUUUGACCUGUAAUUACGGUUUCAAUUGCCAAGUUGGGAGGAGCUGAGGUCAAUUAAUUUUGAUUGCUGAAUGAAUAAAAUGUUUAGUGGUAUUGCUAUGUUUGAGGUUUAAUACGGGUGUAUUCAACAUUAGAACCCUCUACCCUGGAAAUCGUACUCAGCCAGCCAGCGAUGAUUUGAGAUUCUUGUGCAGGAGGCACCAAACCUUCAGUCUUUGUCGAAACAUUGCCCAAACCGCAAGUGUUAAUUCGUUUUUCGGAGAAAAAAUAAACCUCUGCUUCGAACGGAGCAACCGUAACCAUGACUCAGGUGAACCUGUUUACGGCUGGAGCCGUAAUCAUCAUAAUUCUGCUCAUCUAUCACCACCUGGCGAAAAAGUAUCAUUACUUCCUGCCGAAGCCAAUACCAUGCAUGAAGCCGUCGUUCCUGGUUGGUAGUAGCGGACCUGUGCUGCUCCGACGACAGGGCGUUACUACAUUCAUGAAGACGAUCUACAAUAGCUUUCCGGAGGCAAACAUAUUCGGUAUGUACUCCACCGUGAUUCCCGCGUACAUUGUCCGUGAUCCGGAGUUGGUCAAGCAGAUUGCGGUUAAGGACUUUGACCAUUUCGUCGAUCACGCAUUUCCUAGUGGUGAUUCGGAUGCCAAUGGGGACGCCCUGUUUGGAAAUUCGUUGAUCGCACUGCGAGGUCACAAGUGGCGGGAUAUGCGAGCGACGCUGAGCCCGGCCUUUACCGGUUCCAAGAUGAGGCACAUGUUUGAACUAGUCGCUGAGUGUGGACGUUCGAUGGUGGAGUUCUUCAAGGCGGAAGCCGAAGCUGGGAAGAGUUUGGAGUACGAGAUGAAGGACACUUUUGCGCGCUAUGGAAACGAUGUGAUCGCAUCGGUUGCGUUUGGAGUUACGGUUGAUUCCAUGCGCGAUCCCGAGAAUAGUUUCAUCGUGAUGGCCAAGAAGAUGCUCGACUUUUCGAACUGGAAAGUUGUAGUAUGGAUUAUUCUUAUACAACUCCUGUCUCUGGUGACUAAGAAAUUCAACGUUGAUAUAGUAGAUGGCGCUUUGUCCAAUUACUUUAGAAGUAUUAUUACCGACAAUAUGGAGAGACGUAAAGUUCAAGGUAUCGUCCGCAACGACAUGAUCAACAUGCUGAUGGAGGUUAGGAAGGGCACACUGAAGCAUCAGAAGGAUAACCGAGACGCUAAGGAUGCCGGAUUUGCCACGGUAGAAGAAUCCAACGUGGGAAAGUCCACUCAUUCCAGAGAGUGGACUGAUAACGAACUGAUCGCGCAAUGUUUCUUGUUUUUCCUAGCAGGGUUCGAAACAACAUCGAAUCUUCUGUCAUGGCUGAUGUACGAGCUUUCAGUGAACUCGGCAAUCCAAGAUCGUUUAUACGAAGAGAUUUCUCAUGUAGAAAAUGCUCUCCUCGGCAGGCCACUUUCUUACGAAGCACUGCAAAAAAUGCCUUACUUGGACAUGGUGGUAUCGGAAGCCCUGCGCAAGUGGCCCCCAAAUGUGCAGCUGGACCGAAAAUGUACCAAAGAUUACCUGCUGGACAACGGUACCGGAACUCGGUUCACCAUGGACAAGGGAAGCUCCGUUUUGAUCCCUGUGUAUGCGAUACAUCAUGAUCCAAAGUACUUCCCCGACCCGGACACGUUUAAUCCGGAACGUUUCAACGAAGAAAAUCGCUCGAAGAUCAACGCCGGAGCGUACCUUCCGUUUGGCAUUGGACCACGGAACUGCAUCGGCUCGCGGCUGGCACUGAUGCAGGUCAAAUCGAUCGUGUACCACCUGCUGAAGGACUUUGCAGCAGUUCCGUCGGAGAAGACCGGAACUCCGCUUAAGUUGGCCAAGCAUCCGUUUCUAUUACAGGCGGAGAAUGGGAUUUGGGUUCAGUUUAAACCACGGAGGUUCGUAAUAUGAUAUUUGAAUAAAAUGCCUUACUUAGUGAAAUAAAUGAAGUUCAUUGUGUAGCUCAGAUGUAUUCUCGAUUCUGUGAAAUAUACAUUGAGUGAGUCUUAAAAG